AUGGCUGACACAAAGACUUUGAGUAAUGAACAAUCAAAAAAGGGAAAAAUGAAUUCAAUUCUUUUCUAUUCCAAAAUUUUCGCUUGUACCCUUUUGAUUUGGGCUUCACAAUGUACCUAUAACAAUGAAUACACGGAAGGGGGUGUGGUAUAUUCAGCUUUAAACAGAUCCUUAUCAGAAAAUGCUCCACGUAGAAAUUUCCCACAAGGCACACGUGGACCAUAUAUGCAAGAAGGUGUCCAUGAUCAACAACACCCAUCAACUUCACAUGGUAUGCCACAAGCAUCUACAUCUGCACCAGCUUCUGAUUUAAAUAUCGACAUUGAGAAAAAGUUAAAAGAUUUAAAAGAUGUCGUUUGGGAUAAAGUCGAGAAUGCAGUUGAAUGGAAAGCUAUUGCAGAUAGCGUAAAAGAUUAUGUCAAUCAAGUAGAUGUAAAAAUUGAAAGCAAAUUAUUUGAUACAGUUAACAGAGCUAAUAAUGAGAGAAGAACAAUGCAAAACCCAGACAUAUCAACAAGAGCAAUAAGCACCUUUUCUCAGAAUUAUACUAUAAUAACGCCACCUCUAUUAUUAUUAACUUUAUCUAUUUUAACAUCAGAUAGAUGUAAGAGACAUUUUUCUAAUAUAUUGUUGACAGCUGUUUUAGUAACAUUGACAUAUAUCUUCUUUAAAUUAAAAAAAAUGGAUGAUAAUAAAAAAUAA